GGAGUGUCUCCGUGUCACGCCCGCAAGCCGGUCUCCUGUAGCUAGUGUCGGCUUCUAGCUCGGGAUGCAUCAUGUCGCCGAUGACGUCUGCCACAACACGCGACUCCGACGAUAACUCGACGGCGAAAACCAAUGUAGUCGGCUCCUCCGCAUCAUUCGUCAUCCACUAGCAUCCUUCGAGAACCUUGGAAGCGAACCAGUGCAGAAUACAGUCAAGCAGCUCAUAUGCAGUGUAGCUGGACCCCGGACUCAACAACGGUAUCGUCUAAAGUGCUGCCUUGGCCUACCGCACAUGCAGAAGCUUGGUCAAUACAACAAGGAUUUCAAAAGGCAGGAGUGCUACCAGACCUGAACAUCGAAGUUCAGCACUACCUCUGUGCGCACAGCAUAAUCGCACACGCCGUGUCUCGCCGCUGAGCUGCAAUCGAGUGCUCCACAGCAAACGAUGCUUUCGCGCCAGAGCACAAUAGAAGACGACGCAAGCUCAGCCACCUUCACAACCGCAUCAGGCGAGAUCACGCCAACAGGCUCCGCGACUUCCUCACCACUGGAUCUACUCGACGCAGAUCCCAUGACAGACGCAUCCUCCAUGGCGCCAACCCUCGACUCAUCGGAGGUCGUCCCAUGGCCCGGCAAAUCCUACCUGAUCCUCAGCAAGGGCACCACCCACGCCAUCACAUUGAUGCAAGGUCGCGUGCUACAGAUGCAAGACGCGAUCGACUUCGUCGGAAGCGUAGAUAACCGCUGGCAAUGCAUCGAGCGCAAUGGCUAUUUUGGCUUCUAUAAUGGUCAUGCCAUGACCUACCUGGGCCACGACAACAAGGGCAAUGUCGUCGCCACUGCGAAGAAAAUGCAGGGCUGGGAACUCGUCACACCCCGUCGCCAUCCCGACGGCGGGUAUCAAUUGCUCUCGCCGCAUUGGGCGGAAGAGCUGCACUCAAUCAAUGUGGUUGAUAGCACUGGCGCGUUGGUGAGAAGUCCUCAUGGCAACACGCUGUGGGAAUUUCAGGUCGUGUGACUGAGGCGAAUCGACCGAAACCAGAGUAGACUGUCAUGCAUGAUCAUCCACAUAGCAGAACAUUUUUUUGUGAGGUCACAGCGACCAGUCCUUGUUCGUCAGGGCGAUCCGAUUAUCGGCCACGAUUUCGACGAAGCGGCACACCACGCAUCCGGCCGAAGAUGAACCUUGAUGAGGCAUCUCGAAAAAGGCGGGGACAGAAUCGAGGAACUUCAAGUGAUAUAGGAGAACCAAGAACCGUAGUUAGCACGCGCGAACAUUCACCUGAGGAGCGACUUUGCACAUAUGAUUUGAGUAUCGACACCACGAUGAUGGCGUUCGCGAUACGCACUGUAUCUUCCCGUUGCAGCGAGUGAUGAUGUUCUGCCAGAUCGCUUACGUUGAAGAGUUCUGCGAUGACCUUCGAAAGCAGACCGCGCACGAUAUCCAUGAUUUUCGAUGGUUCAUGAUUUAUUG